AUAUAAUAAACAUUCGAAUCUUAUUUUGCUUUCAAGUCGGUUGAAUUCGCAAAGUCUAAAAAAUGAAACUUUCUCCAAAGAUUUUUCUAUUAAUUCUAAUUUACUAUGAAUCAACAAUAUUAAGUUUUGCCGGUCCUGCGAUCAAAAAUGAAAGUCCUAAUGACGUGUUUCGUUCAUUAUACUCAAAACGAAUGAAGUCUUUCAUGAAUAUUUCGAUGGAUCCCUGUGAUGAUUUCUACGAAUACGCAUGUGGAAACUAUCCAAAUGUCAUUGAAGAUAUCGAACUAACUCGAAAGCAGAACAGUCUCUAUGAUUUAACUCAUUCCAUGGACAAAAUUAUCGAUGUAAUUCUUCAGAAAAAACGUCAACCGAACGAGAAGUAUUUCGAAGAAUUACAGAAGGUUAAACAAUUUGUGGAAGUCUGUGACAGUGCUGAUCUUUUCCCACUAAAACCAAAUGAAGAAUAUAUAAAAACUAUCAAGAAUAUUGGAGGAUUUCCUGCUGUGGAUCCUGCCUGGAAUGCCUCGACAUUCAAUUGGUUCAAUAUGACUUCACAUUUGCUUCGAUAUGGUGUUAUUGGUUUCGUCAAGGAAGACAUCUUUAUGAGAUAUCCCUUUGCACCGUUAUUCGAAAUUGGCAAAUUCGGUUUUGGAUUUGAUGUCUAUUCAGAUAAUAUUGAAACAAAUGAAUCUUUAGGGUAUGUACACAAUGUUGCAAUGAUGAAGAGACUUCUCAAAAUCUAUGGAGUUGUAGGUUCAACAGCUGACAAAGUGAUUGAAGAAAUUAUUAAUUUUUGGAGAGAAGCUUUACCUUUUCAAAAUAAAGCUAAAGAUGGCUGUAAUGAAUUUGAAGAAGAUGAAUCAGAAAAAGAACAAAAGUUCCCUCAAUGGAAUUCUUUAAUUGAAAUUGCUUGGGACUUACAGAAUUACUCAGAAACGGAUGUAGCCCCCUGUCCUUGUGAUUUCUAUUUCAAUCAGCUUAAUGUAAUGGCUAAUAAGAGUUCCAAAGCUUUUGCUAAUUAUAUGGCUUUGAAAUUUCUCUACGAAAUGCAUCCUCAAGUAAAAUCUGUUAAUCAUCAACAUCAGCAUUGUUUGACACAAGUUAAACAUGGAAUUCCAAUGGUUUUAACAUAUUUCUACAUCAAAGAACAUUUUAAUAAGGAAACUCUUCAAGAAGUCGAAGAAAUGAUUGAAGAAAUUGUUAAAAGCUUUACAGCUAUUGUGGUUAAUACUGAUUGGUUGGAUGAACAAACUCGAUUUGGAACACAAGAUGUUUUGAAAAUCCUUAAAUCUACUAUUGGUCAGGUGGUAGAUCCCAUUUCUGACAUUUACAUUAAAGAAACAAAGAAACUCAACCUUACCAACAAUUAUGCUUUGAACAAUCUAGAACUGAAUAGGUUCAAAGUGGAUAUAAGUCACUAUGUCUACUUACAUUCUGAUAAAAUCGAUAAUGCAGUACCAUUUGAUAUUUUAACAGCCAUCUUGCCAAAUGCGUUCUAUGAUAUUACCGAAAACUCCAUAAAUGUUUUAGCAGGCAUACUUUUUCCACCGAUUUAUCAUCAAUCUUUUCCGAAAUCUAUGAAAUAUGGUGGUCUUGGAUUCAUUAUUGGUCAUGAAGUUGUUCAUAGUUUGGAUCCGAGAGGUAAAUGGGGAGAAAAACAUUUCAAGAGUAUCCAUGCUUGGACAGGAAAAUCAAGAUCGGCAAUGAAGAAUAAUUCAGCAUGUUUCAUUGAUCAUCAUAGUAAUUUUACUGUUCCAGAACUUAACAUUAAGCUCGAUGGUAAGGAAUCUUUGACAGAGACUGUUUGUGAUAGUGGUGGCUUGAGAGGAUCUUUGACUGCAUUGCGAAAUGUUUUAAAGGCAGUAGUUGGAAAUAAGACGGAAGAGGCAAUGGAAUCAAUGCCAGGGUUAAAUCUAUCCCCGGAUCAGACAUUUUUCCUGAACUUUGCUCAAGUUUAUUGCGCCAAAUAUGAACCAAGGCAUUUUUGGAGUGAAUUGUAUGCUGGAUAUCCAAUGGAUAAAUAUCGUGUUGUGUUGCCUUUGCAAAAUUUUGACGAAUUCUCUAAAGUAUUCAAUUGUCCUUUGGGAAGUGCAAUGAAUCCGGAGAAAAAAUGCCGCAUGUGGUGAUAAGAUAAUAAAUAUAAAUCUUCAGCUUAA